GCUCGGAGGAGCUCGGCAACCACUCGGCCUCCCCCAUCCCCCGGUAACGGUCGCUGGUGAGUUUAAAUGAGCCGGGGCUGGCCGGGCCGGAGCCGCUACGGGGGGGGCCUGAGGCACUGCAGAAAGUGGGCCUGAGCCUCAAGGAUGACGGUGCUGCAGGAACCUGUCCAGGCUGCUAUAUGGCAAGCACUAAACCACUAUGCUUACCGAGACGCAGUUUUCCUCGCAGAACGACUGUACGCAGAAGUACAUUCAGAAGAAGCCUUGUUUUUACUGGCAACUUGUUACUACCGCUCAGGAAAGGCAUAUAAAGCAUAUAGACUCUUGAAAGGACACAGUUGUACCACCCCACAGUGUAAAUACCUGCUUGCAAAAUGUUGUGUUGACCUUAGCAAGCUUGCAGAAGGGGAACAAAUCUUAUCUGGUGGAGUGUUUAAUAAGCAAAAAAGCCAUGAUGAUAUUGUCACUGAGUUUGGUGAUUCAGCUUGCUUUACUCUUUCAUUGUUGGGACAUGUAUAUUGCAAGACAGACAGGCUUGCCAAAGGAUCAGAGUGUUACCAGAAGAGCCUUACUUUAAACCCUUUUCUCUGGUCUCCCUUUGAAUCAUUAUGUGAAAUAGGUGAAAAGCCAGAUCCUGACCAAACAUUUAAAUUGACGUCUAUACAGAAUUUUAGCAGCUGUCUGCCCAACACUUGUACAACUCUAGUAUCUAAUCACAGUUUAUCUCACAGACAGCCUGAGACAGUCCUCACAGAAACACCCCAGGACACAAUUGAACUAAACAGACUGAACUUAGAAUCUUCCAAUUCAAAGUACUCCUUGAAUACAGAUUCCUCCGUGUCUUACAUUGAUUCAGCUGUAAUUUCACCAGAUAAUGGCCCCCUUGGAAUGGGUACUUCCAUAUUGUCUAAACAGGUUCAAAAUAAACCAAAAACUGGUCGAAGUUUAUUAGGAGGACCAACUGCUCUUAGCCCAUUAACCCCAAGUUUUGGGAUUUUGCCAUUAGAAACCCCAAGUCCUGGAGAUGGAUCCUAUUUACAAAACUACACUAAUACACCUUCUGUAAUUGACGUGCCACCCACCGGAGCCCCUACCAAAAAGUCUGUUGCCAGAAUGGGCCAAACUGGAACAAAGUCUGUCUUCUCACAGAGUGGAAAUAGUCGAGAGGUCACUCCAAUUCUUGUCGCACAAACACAAAGUUCUGGCCCACAAACAAGUACAACACCUCAGGUAUUGAGUCCCACUAUCACAUCUCCCCCAAAUGCAUUGCCUCGAAGAAGUUCCCGCCUCUUCACUAGUGACAGCUCUACAACCAAGGAGAAUAGCAAAAAGUUAAAAAUGAAGUUUCCACCUAAAAUCCCAAACAGAAAAACAAAAAGUAAAACUAAUAAAGGAGGACUAACUCAACCCAACAUAAAUGAUAGUCUGGAAAUUACAAAGUUGGACUCUUCUAUCAUUUCAGAAGGGAAAAUAUCCACAAUCACACCUCAGCUCCAGGCAUUUAACCUCCAAAAAGCAGCCGCAGAAGGUUUGAUGAGUCUUCUUCGUGAGAUGGGAAAAGGUUAUUUAGCUUUGUGCUCAUACAACUGCAAAGAAGCUAUAAACAUUUUGAGCCACCUGCCUUCCCACCACUACAGUACUGGCUGGGUAUUGUGCCAGAUUGGACGGGCUUAUUUUGAACUUUCAGAAUACAUGCAGGCUGAAAGAAUAUUCUCAGAAGUUAGAAGGAUUGAGAAUUACAGAGUUGAAGGUAUGGAGAUCUACUCUACAACACUUUGGCAUCUUCAGAAAGAUGUUGCUCUUUCAGUUCUUUCAAAAGAUUUAACAGACAUGGAUAAGAAUUCACCAGAGGCCUGGUGUGCUGCGGGGAAUUGUUUCAGUCUGCAACGGGAACAUGAUAUUGCAAUUAAAUUCUUCCAAAGAGCUAUCCAGGUUGAUCCAAAUUAUGCUUAUGCCUAUACUCUAUUAGGACAUGAAUUUGUGUUAACUGAAGAGUUAGACAAAGCAUUAGCAUGUUUUCGAAAUGCUAUAAGAGUAAACCCCAGACAUUAUAAUGCAUGGUAUGGUUUAGGAAUGAUUUAUUACAAGCAGGAGAAAUUCAGCCUUGCAGAAAUGCACUUCCAGAAAGCACUUGAUAUCAACCCUCAGAGCUCAGUCUUACUUUGCCACAUUGGAGUAGUUCAGCAUGCACUCAAAAAAUCAGAAAAGGCUUUGGAUACCCUAAACAAAGCCAUUGUUAUCGAUCCCAAGAACCCUCUAUGCAAAUUUCACAGAGCCUCGGUUUUAUUUGCAAAUGAAAAAUACAAGUCUGCUUUACAAGAACUUGAAGAACUGAAACAGAUUGUCCCCAAAGAAUCCCUCGUUUACUUCUUAAUAGGAAAGGUUUACAAGAAGUUGGGUCAAACUCACCUCGCCUUGAUGAAUUUCUCUUGGGCUAUGGAUUUAGAUCCUAAAGGAGCCAAUAAUCAGAUUAAAGAGGCAAUUGACAAGCGCUACCUUCCAGAUGAUGAGGAGCCAAUAACCCAAGAGGAACAGAUCAUGGGAACAGAUGAAUCCCAGGAGAGCAGCAUGACAGAUGCAGAUGACACACAACUUCAUGCAGCUGAAAGUGAUGAGUUUUAACUUCUGGAACUGAGACUUUGACAGUUGGAUGUGUGGCUAGUGCUGACGUGUUUCUUGUCCCUCCGUAUACUGAGUCUUACUUCUUGAGCCAGCAUUGUCAUCCUCCAUCACUGAGCCUAACCCUGGUGUGCCACUCUCACUGGACCUGACUGCACACAGAAUGAAAGGCAGUGCAAUGUUGAGCUGCUACCGAGACUGGCUCUUUACCAGUAUGAAUGACGAUUGGGGGAAGGGUGGGAACUUUUUCUUUUUUUCUUUAGUCUCCCUUAGUUGGAAAGCUAUCAUGGAAGGAAGAGUUAUGUUUUAUCUUGAAGGAACCAUUAGAUAUGGAAAUGGUGAUGAACCAGAAUUUCUUGGUCAUUUUUUCAAAAUUCUGUUUUUUAUUUGGUUCUGUUCCUGAUAAACAGAGUGACUGACCUUCAUUUCUAGGUUCUUCGAGAAUGGUGUUAGCAAGUGCCAGAUGGAACAAUAAAAGACAUUGCCUAUAACAGAGUAAGUUCAUUGCCAAGGAACAUAGCUUACCUUAAACUGGGAGUGUCUCCUAUAAGCAAAUGUAAUGGGCCGAUUGGGACUCAUGUUAGGAGUCAAUAUCCCUCCAUACAGUGUACACUUAUUCUUGGCAAGAAUGCUUUAAUGUCUAACCAAGAAUUUUAAUUUAUUCAUCUUCAAA